AUGACUUGGGAAAGAUUGACGACGUUGAAAAAGGAAGGAGGGAUGGGUUUUAGAGAUCUUAAGGCGUUCGAUAGAGCGAUGAUUGCAAAGCAAGGAUGGAAGUUAGUAUCCAAACCAAAUUCUCUGGUGGCCAAGGUAUUUAAGGCUAGUGGUAUCAAGGUUAUGCAAGAACCGUGGCUUCAGGAUAAGGAGUUGAGGUGGGUAAAUGGUCCACAAACGCAAGAAGUGUAUGAUCUUAGAGUGAAAGACCCAUUGCUUCCAAAUUCAAAGCAGUGGGAUAUUAGUAAGGUGCGUAGUACUUUAGAUCAUCUCGGGGCUGGUCUUAUUCUUAAAGUUUCGUUGAUGGAAGAUGUUGUGCAGGUUAUGUUGAUUUGGCAAGAAGAGACGAACGGAGAGUAUAGUGUGAAGUCGGGGUAUAGGGUGUGGCGUAAGAUGCAAAGUAGUAGUGGCAAGAACGGUGUGGAAGGAAAUUGGAAUGCCCUUUGGAACAUAAUUGCACCUCCUAGAGCUAAACAAUUAUUAUGGAGGAUUUGUAGGGGCUGCCUACCAACGCGUUCAAACCUGCAAAAACAUCACGUCCAAUGCUCGUCACUUUGUCCUUGUCGAGAGGAUAAUAGAGAUGCAGGUAGAUUUGCCGUGAUGUUAUAUAAUCUUUGGAGGAGUAGGAAUAAGGUGGUUUGGCAGGACACUCGAGAGGAUGCUUCUAGCAUUGGGGUACAAGCUUUUCAUAACUGGCAGGAUUGGUUUCUAGCUAAAGAAGACAAUAAUAGUGUUACGGGUACUACGAUUAUGGAUAGUUGGAUUCUGCCGUUGUACGGUCAGGGGAAGUGUAAUGUCGAUGCGGGUUUCAAUAAUAUUUGUGGUACCACAAACCGGGGUUGGUGUUUCAGGGAUCAUUUAGGGAGAUUCCAAACUGCAGGUGUGGCGUGGAAUGUGGGGUUCUUAUCGGUCAUGGAGGCUGAAGCCAUGGCUUUCAAGGAAGCGAUCCAGAAGGCUAUCUUUCUUCAGUUAUCACACGUUGUCUUUGAGAGUGAUUGCCAAAGUGUAGUCCAUGCUGUUUACUCUAAAUAG